AUGGUUGCUGCUGCCUUAUUGCUUUUUCUGCAUGCCGGCGCACAGGAGACAAGGCAGUUGGCACUGGAUAAGCCACAGGCUAUUGCCGAUCUCAGAACGGUAGCCGGAGCCGCCCUGGUAGAUGCCCAAUGGUUUGUACAACCUGCGCAUAUUACGGAGGCUGAUUUUAAAUCGCCCGGCCGUUCGGCCACCGAUGCUAUGCUGCUUUAUCCAACAGGUGCGGCGGUAAAAACCCAUACGCUGCAUCCGCAAAUAGAUGCGGCUGAUUUCAAUGCAGGUUUUCGCGCUGUUAAACCAACCGAUCUUGAAAUGAGGGAGGGUAUGGGACUUGUUUCUUUUGUAUGGUUUAAAGUGGAGCUUACUAUACCUGCCACCAUUGGUAAAUUGACUACUGAAGGCUCCACGGCUGUAUUUGAAAUGGUAGUGGAUGAUUACAGCGAGAUAUGGGUAAACGGCCGGCAAUCGCACAGCUUUGGGCAAAGUGGUAAUGGCGUGGUGCCGGGGUACAACACACGUAACAGGGUGGUGCUCACCAAUCAUGCAAAGCCGGGUGACCAUUUUUCAAUUGCCGUGCUGGGUAUCAACGGACCACUGGGCAAGAUUCCCGACAAUUAUAUAUGGGUGCGCAAUGCAGUAGUAGAUUUUUAUACAGUACUGCCGGGGAAUACAGCCUGGAAGGAUAUGGGUAAAAUUUAUACCAUAGACACGGUUUUAAAUAGCAUCAUCGCACCCGGCACAAAGGUGGAAAAACUGGCGGAGGGGUUUUCUUUUACCGAGGGCCCGGUAUGGCAUCCCGAUGGUUAUUUGUUGUUCAGCGAUCCCAAUACCAAUACCAUCUACCGUUAUAAUCCUGUUGACCACAAUGUAACCGUAUACAUCAGCCACAGCGGCUAUACAGGCGCAGAUAUUGGAAUGUACGGUCAACCUGGAUCAAACGGUUUGGCUAUUGACAAAGAAGGCCGUUUAAUUGUUGACCAGCACGGCAACCGAAGGGUGGUAAGGCAUGAAAAAAAGGGACCAGUGACCGUGCUGGCAGAUAAUAUUAACGGCAGGCGGUUUAACAGUCCCAACGAUAUUGUAUUAAAAAGCGAUGGCAGUAUUUAUUUUACAGAUCCACCCUACGGUUUGCCUGGAUUUUUUAAUGAUGUUCAUAAAGAGCUGGAUUAUUCAGGUGUAUUCCUGCUUAAGGAUGGCAGGGUACAAUUGGUAAGCAGGGAUUUGGGUGGGCCUAACGGACUGGCAUUUUCGCCCGAUGAAAAAUACCUCUAUGUUACGAACUGGGAUAUACGUGACAUCCAUCAUACCAAGACGCUGUGGCGCUAUGAAGUGCAGGCCGAUGGAACAUUGAGAAACGGCAGGGUAUUUUUCGACUGGAAUACUACUGAGGACGAGGAAGCGCUGGAUGGAAUGAAGGUAGACAGACAGGGCAAUCUGUUUGUAUCGGCACCCGGUGGUGUUUGGGUGCUGUCGCCUUCCGGCAAAUUACUGGGCAAAAUAGUAACGCCGGAGCGGGCGGCCAAUAUGGCCUGGGGAGAAGAUGGUAAAACGCUCUAUCUUACUGCACAUACAAGUUUGUACCAGGUAAGGGUAAAUACAGGUGGUAAGUUUAGUUGGGAAUAA